UAACAUGCAACAAAUUACUGACCCGGACGAGUUCGUUGUUCCUUAUCCUUAAUUAGGUAAACUUUAUUGAAACCUAUAUAAAUCGAUUAAAACAGUUUAGAGUGGUUGCGAGAAAUCACACUCAAUUCGUGUUCACUCUCGCACAAGCACAACAACAAGAAGAAGAAAAAAAAGUGAUUUUGUUGCGGCAAAUAAUCAGAAUCAGAAAUUCAGAUUAACGAUGAGAAGAUAUAGUUCGAAUUCAGGGAAUUAUCGAAAUCCCUGUAUAACUAUGCACCAGCCUUGGGCUUCUCUUCUCGUUUAUGGAAUCAAGCGAAUUGAAGGAAGAACAUGGCCUGCACCAAUCACAGGUCGUCUUUGGAUUCAUGCGGCUGGUAAAGUUCCGGAGGAGUCUACAAUCAAAGCAAUGGAAUAUUUCUAUAAGGAAAUUUAUGCACUCCAUGGGAUUACUGAUAUUGAUUUUCCGCAACAUUACCCUGUUUCUAGGCUUUUGGGUUGUGUUGAAGUUGUUGGCUGCUUAAAUCGCGAUGAGCUAUCGGGCUGGGAGAUGGUUCCUGAAUCGGUAAGGCUGGAAGCGCAAACUGAUUAUUGUUGGUUGUGUGAACGGCCACAGAAAUUGUUGAUUCCAUUUGAGAUGCGAGGUUACCAAGGCGUUUAUAACUUGGAAAGAAAGAUUUAUGAAGGUGCAGUUAGAGGGUUGGUCCCGAUUGAUAGCCCUAUGCCAGUGAAAUUUCCGCUUCCAGAUCCAGCUGAUCCAUUUUCUCUGAAACCGGGUCGUGUCUCUGCGCUUACUCGUAAUUUAAAAGCAGCUGAAGUGGACAAGUCGUCAAGUUUAAGUCUGGCCAUAGCUGGGGCACGUGCCGCAGCUGUUCAGUUUGCAAAGAAGGACUACAAUUCCCAAAGCAUUGAUCGAAACAAUCAUCCCGUCAAAAUGAAUGCUAAUCACGAUGAGACUCAAGCUGCUAGAUCUGAUUAUUUACAACCAAAUCAAAGGUCUACGGAAAAGGACAAUAUACAGGCCACUGAGUUAAACGAGAAAUUUAAUGAUGGUUCCGUCUCAUUAGAUCAGGAAGUGAAAGUCAGUAGUAAAGUGAAUGAGGGAGGUAGCUCGUACCAUCAGUUACCUCGUGGUGACAGGAGACAACAAUUUCAGCCCUCUACUAAGGGUGCUCUGGUAUAUAAACCGAAGUUCAGUAGUGACAAGUAUGAGGGAAGUAGUUUGCAGGAUCAAUCUUCAGGUGCAGAAGCAGAUUUGAGGCAGCAUCCCCGUCCACCAUCCAAGAUUUUUGCCGCAGCGAUGAAAAGCAUAAGCAAUGAUCGUGGAAAGAGUCUGACUUCUGAGAGUCCGAUUGUGAAUUUGUAACCUAGUGAAUGAAUUGUUACUUUUUAUGCUGAAAUAAAGCUUGGAAGUGAAUGCUCAUUUGAAUUCAUUUGGAUGCUUGAGUCCGUAAAUUAUACUGAUCUAUACUGUUUCUUGGUGUCUGAGGGUAGAGCUCAGGUUGUUGUAUGUAUUAGAAGAAAUUUGCGGCGUUUGAAUGAUGGCAUUCAUGCAUGUAAACAAUAAACUCGUAUGGCAUGAUGCCAAAAUGUUAGAACUUAGAAGUGAAUUUUGAUGGCAUCUAUAUGUAAAACAUGUUGGCUUCUCCCUUAUCCUUAUUCACAUUGUAAGAUUGUUCGAAUAUUUAGGAUAAUUUUAGCUAAAUUGCCUCUUUAGCUGAA